AUGUCUUCUCUACUCGAUCUGGCCAAUCUUGAGCUGGCGUCUACGCCCAACACUCUUCCCCCGUCCGACUGCGCAAGCUCCGCUCAGCCGUCGUCCUCGCCGUCAUCGCCCUCAUCACCGCCGUCUGUGAUCCCGACUUGGCAGAGCUCAUUUGCGAUCGAGCAGAUCCCCACCGAGAUCUUGGUACAGGUCUUUACCGAUAGAGUCAUGAUCAUCGUCACCCAGUUGGGCAGGAUAGGUUCCUUGGUUCGUCGCCUUCGCCUUCGUCUUCGAAGCUGGUCUGAAAACCUACGCUCAGAUUGCGAUCUCUCCUAUCCUUCCUCUCCUGGCAACCAGCUCCAAAUCAGUCCACCCGUACCAGGUCUGCCUACCCCUCUCCGACCCACCACCUCCCACAACCCACAAGACGCAUUCCUCUCCUCUUUGCCCCUCCCGCACCCCGCCUCGACCCUGACCACCCUUCUCGGCGUCGCCCCUUCAACCCGAGCAACGUCACUGUACGAACUCUAUGCGCAACAGUUGGGCGCCAUCGUGUUCGAUUCUUCAGGGGAAGAGGCGAAACCCGUCGUGUUGGGUAUUGCGUUGACAGAGUUCCCUGCGCGGCAUGGCGAUGACGAGGAGCAUGUGGGGGACCGCGAGAGGAAAGUCUUUAGAGAGGUGCUCAAGAGGAUUGUAGAGCAGGGCAUGAUUUGGCGGAGUGUGUAG